GCGAGCAAGCGCCGCGCCGCCGGGAGCAGCUGUCUGGCUCCGGAAUCAUGACUGAAGAUGACGGAUUCCGUGGUGGUGGAGGGUCAUGUCAAAUUGAGAGAUGGAAAAAAGUGGAAGAAUAGGUGGCUGGUGCUGCGCAAACCCUCCCCGGUAGCAGAUUGUUUAGUCAUGUUGGUGUACAAGGAUAAAUCUGAGCGAGCCAAAGGACAUAAGGAGAGGAGCAGCGUGACCUUAGAAGACAUCUGUGGCCUGGAUCCUGGGCUCUCCUAUGAGGGCUUAAAUCACACACUUGCUAUCAUCUGUCUAUCUCAAGUCGUGAUGCUGGGAUUUGACAACAAGGAAACUAUGUAUGCAUGGGAUGUACGGAUUCGGUACAGUUUGGGGGAAGUUCAUAGGUUUCAUGUUGCUGUAGCACCUGGCACUAAGUUGGAGAGUGGACCGGCUACUCUUCACUUCUGCAAUGACAUUCUAGUCCUUGUAAAAGACCUUCCACCCACGGUCAUGGGGCAAUGGAAGCUCUCGGAUUUGCGCCGAUAUGGAGCGGUCCCUAAUGGAUUCAUCUUUGAAGGGGGCACCAGGUGCGGCUUCUGGGCUGGUGUCUUUUUCCUUUCUUGUGCCGAAGGAGAGCAGAUCAGCUUUCUGUUCGACUGUAUCGUUCGUGGCAUCUCCCCGACGAAAGGCCCUUUUGGGUUGCGUCCAGUCCUACCAGACCCAAGUGCAAAUCCAGCCUACAUGGAGGAGAGAGUGGCCCAUGAAGCUUUGCAAUUAGAAAAGCGCCUGAGUCUACUAUCCCAUUCAAGUCGCCAGGGCAGUGGAGGAGAUGAUAGAAGCCUGUCAAGUUCAUCUUCAGAUACCAGCCACUCGGACGCUAGUGUUGGGAGUAGGUUAACAAUUUGGCCUGAACAGUCUUCGGCCAGCACUUCUCAAGAGAGUCAUGGACUGGCAGCUGCAAAGGGCAUUCAUUUUGGGGAAGAAAAAACACUUGCAGAAGGGGCACGUGGCACCACCAAGCCGCCUCCUAAGCCUCUUCGGUCUAGACAGCUACAGGAAAUAGGUCGUCAGAGUUCUUCUGACAGUGGGAUAGCUACUGGUAGUCACUCUUCUUACUCUGGAAGUUUCUCUUCCUAUGCUGGGAGUCUGGAUAUUUGCCACGGUGAUGAGUUUGGAUCAUUGCUUAGCCUACCAUUGAACCUUCCUUCAGAUCAGAAUUUAUGUACUUGCCUGCACAGUGAACCCCAGAGGAGCUUGGGCUCAGAAUAUCAGGUUCCUAGCCCUGUCAGACAUAUUUAUGACACACCCAGGAGUUUAUUACAGGCAGCUGCUAUAGACGUACAACACAAGAGUGCGGAUUCCACCCAACCAAAGGACCAGGACCCAGCACCUCAAGGCAUUAGUGACCCUAAGGUGCUGGUACCACACUCAGAAACACGGAUGGCACCUGAGCAGAGCCAAGACAGGGGGAGGCAUGCAUCCUUACUCCCAGAAGGCACCAAAGACUCAAGUGAUGAGACAUAUGUGGAUUUUGUUUCGAGGUGGUCAGAUGUAAAACCACAAGGACAGGUGUUAGACUCCAAAAGUAGUGAGUUGGCACCACCUAGUGGAGUCCCAGCUGACCCCUGUGAAAUAUAUAGCCCCCACCCUGGGAUGACAAGAGCUCUCUUUUCAGCUUGUCCAAUCUGUGGUGGACUAAAGGGAACAGCAGUUUUACAGCCUGGAGUCUUACCAGCUCUCCCAGGUGCUUCUUCUGUCAUGGCAGCUUCUGGAGCUCUGAAAGUACAUAAAGGGCACACUCUGCAAGCUGGUCCUAAAGGUGGUUUUGGGUUCAUGGCACCACCUGCAGAACUUGGAACUUCUAGUGGCCCUGAAGAACCCGGAGGGGCAGUAGGUUAUUCAACAGAUCUACCUGUAUCUGAUCGACCCCACAGUGAGACAACAACCUAUGUUAAUAUUCCUGUCAGUCCUACAUCGAAGAAACAGCUCCACUACAUGGAACUGGAGCUUCAAGAACCUAGCACAGGCAUAAGAGGAGAAUACAUCCUCAAAGUACAGGAUUCUGAAGACUAUCCACCUUCAAGAUCGUCAUCAUUUUCUAUAGUUUCAGAGUUAUCUGCCAAUGGUAGUGUUUCAUUCACAUUAUAUAUGUCACAUAGUCACAGUAUAUCACCUGUACCCAAAAAAAAAAAAAAAAAAAUCUCCAUCAUCCAGAAACAACCAUAGAUAAGUUUGCCCGGUUUGUUUAUGCAACAAACUCUCCUUUCCAUAUGAUUGAGAACCCACACUUCAUUAAUAUGAUUCAGUCAUUAAGACCAGGAUACAGUCCACCCAACAGAGCAGGUGUCGCAGGCAAAUUGCUGGAUAAAGUGUAUGAAAGAGAAUUUGAGCAGUGUGCAAAAGGUCUAGAGGGUGAAAGUGUUAACCUGAGUCUUGAUGGGUAGAGCAAUGUCCACAAUGAUCAUGUUGUAUAUGCUUGUGUGACAACAGAAGAAGGGAAUGUCUUACAGAAACAAUUGAUACAUCAGGAAAUGCACACACAGCAGAAUACUUACAAGAAGUAGCAAUAAAAGCUACAACAAACUGUGGGGAAAAAAAUUCAAAUGUCUAGUGCACAGCUUGGUCACAGACAAUGCUGCAGAUGUAUCCAAGA